AAAUAGGAGCGUGUUCGCUGCGGGCGCUGGGUAGGUGUGGAGACUGUCAGGCUUGCACGUUCAUCAUGUCUAAGAAAGAGGGGCAGGUAAUUGAGGAGAUCAUGGAGUCUACAGUGAUGUGGUACCCCGACUCCAAGAAAAUCACCCAGAUGGACCAAUUCCGAGCCAGGAUCAACAGUAAUUACGGGCUCAAUUUAGCCAAUUACAGUGAAUUGUAUCAGUGGUCUGUGGAUUUCUACCCGGAAUUUUGGGCAGAAUUUUGGGACUUCAGUGGUAUUGUAUAUUCUCGCCGGUAUGAUGAGGUGAUUGACAGAACAAAAAACAUUUCUGAUGUCCCCGAAUGGUUUCAUGGAAGUCGUCUAAACUAUGCAGAGAAUCUUCUUAAACACAAAGAAAAUGACAAAAUUGCCCUUUAUGGUGCACGGGAAGGCAAGGAGAACGUGGAGAAGGUGACCUUUGAGGAACUAAGAAAACACGUUGCUCUGUAUGCAGCCGCCAUGAGGAAAAUGGGUGUCAAGACUGGAGACAGGGUUGUUGGAUAUCUUCCGAACAGCAUUGAUACGGUUGAAGCCAUGCUGGCUGCUGCGAGUAUCGGAGCAAUCUGGAGUGCAACAUCCCCUGAUUUUGGAGUCAAUGGUGUCCUGGACAGAUUUUCCCAAAUUCAGCCCAAGCUAAUCUUCUCAGUUGAAGCUGUGGUUUAUAAUGGAAAGAGACAUUCCCACCUGGAGAAACUCCUGAGUGUAGUAAAGGGACUGCCUGAUCUGAAAAAAGUGGUAAUAAUUCCCUAUGUUUACUCAAAAGAAGAAAUCGACAUCUCAAAGAUCCCCGGCAGUGUAUUACUUGAUGAUUUCCUGGCAACUGGAAAAGUUGGGGAUCAAGCCCCGCAACUGGAAUUUGAACAGCUGCCCUUUAAUCACCCUCUAUACAUCAUGUAUUCCUCCGGCACAACAGGUGCACCCAAAUGUAUGGUGCAUUCAGCAGGGGGAACCUUGAUAGAGCAUCUAAAAGAACACAUUUUACACGGCAAUACCACGAGCAGUGAUAUUAUCAUGUACUACACCACGGCUGGGUGGAUGAUGUGGAACUGGUUGAUCACUGCAAUGGCGACAGGAGCUUCUUUGGUACUGUAUGAUGGCUCCCCCCUUGUCCCUAGUGCCAGUGUGCUUUGGGAUCUUGUGGAUCGGCUGGGAAUAACUAUCUUGGGAACUGGAGCAAAGUGGUUGGCAGUACUAGAAGAGAAGGAUCUCAAGCCCCGUGAAACACACAGUCUGCAGACACUUCACACAAUUCUGUCAACGGGCUCCCCAUUAAAGCCUCAAAGCUAUGAUUAUGUCUACAAAUAUAUCAAGAAUAAUGUACUUCUAGGGUCAAUCUCAGGUGGCACUGAUAUCAUAUCUUGUUUCAUGGGUAAUAAUGUAUGCAUUCCAGUUUACAGAGGAGAAAUUCAGGCCAGGCACCUUGCAACGGCUGUAGAGGCAUGGAGCGAGGAAGGAAAACCGGUGUGGGGGGAGAGUGGGGAGCUGGUGUGUUUAAAGCCUUUACCCAGUCAACCCACACACUUCUGGAAUGAUGAGAAUGGCAGCAAAUACCAGAAAGCCUAUUUCUCCAAAUUCCCAGGAGUAUGGGCUCAUGGAGACUACUGCAAGAUUAAUCCUAAAACAGGCGGCAUUGUCAUGCUGGGACGCAGUGAUGGUACCCUGAAUCCAAAUGGGGUGCGCUUUGGAAGCUCGGAAAUCUACAAUAUAGUCGAAUCAUUUGUGGAAGUGUCUGAUAGCCUGUGCAUCCCACAGUACAACAAAGACGGCGAGGAAAGGGUCAUUCUUUUUCUUAAAAUGGCCAAUGAUUUUAAAUUCAACACGGAGCUGGUGAAGAAGAUCAAGGAUGCGAUUCGCGUGGCGCUCUCGGCCAGGCAUGUGCCAGCCUUGAUCCUAGAAACCAAAGACAUCCCGUACACAAUCAGUGGAAAGAAGGUGGAAGUUGCAGUGAAGCAGAUCAUUGCAGGAAAGGAAGUGCUACACCGGGGGGCUUUUUCCAACCCCCAUUCCCUGGAUCUGUACCAGAAUAUUCCAGAGCUCCAGAGUUUCUGAGCGUCUUGGAUAAUAGACUGUGUAUGUGCCUCGGGCAUCUGUACAUACUGUUACUGUACACUCUGGAUAGACUCUAUUUAAAUGCCCCUGGGGCUUUUAGACAAAUGUUAGGUUACCUACCGCACUAAAUGCAAACUUGUCUAUGGUGCCAGAAACGCCUUGAAACACUUUACAAAUUGGUGUCAGGCAAUGAAAAGUUAAGCACGAACAUUAGAAUCCGGUUUGUAUUCAUAGAGAAUACUUCUUGGCAAUCAUUUCAUGGUUACUAUAACUCUUCAGAACCAACAAUCACACUCUCUUUAACUCGGGGCAAAAGGGGCAGCGUGGCGGACUGCCAAGGAAGUGUUAGCGGCGAGGACUGUGCCUGUAGCUGCGCAGACCUCCAUCUCCGCUCUGAUGCAGUUGGACUGGGGGUGCACAUGGGGGAGCUUGUCUGGGUCCCCUUUAUGUCUAAAGUUGCCCUAGUUGUCACAUUAACUCCUAGUUUCAACAUGAACUAAUGCUUUCCUUUAUUUUCAUAAUAACUGCCUGAUCUGCAUUUCUUCCUACUGAAAUAAUACGCACAACCUGU